AGAUUCAUCAAGAGGAAUGUCAGCCUCGGGAAGUAACCCUGCUUCUGAUUGGCCAAAGCAAGUCACGUGAUCAUUUCCCAAGCGGAGUUUCCACGACAGCUGGAAGCCGAGCGGCACAGGCGCAUCGCUUCUUUGCUAAAUUAUUGGAAAUAACACGACUUCUGCUCGUCUCAGCACCUCCAGAUAAACCCUGGUCUGGCAUGGGCGACAAGAGGAGUCCCACAAGGCCGAAGCGUCAACCGAAGCCCUCCUCCGACGAGGGGUUUUGGGACUGCAGCGUGUGCACGUACAAGAACACAGCAGAGGCUUUUAAGUGCAUGAUGUGUGAUGUCAGGAAGGGGACGUCAACAAGGAAGCCUCGUCCCGUCUCCCAGCUCGUCUCGCAGCAGCAGGUAACGCAGCAGUUUGUGUUGCCCUUGCAGCCCAAAAAGGAGAAGAAGGAGAGAGUAGAGAGGGAGAAGAGCGACAGAGAGCCAGCGCUCAAGAAGAACAGUCACAAGAAGAUGAGACCGAGGUUAAAAAACAUUGACCGGAGCAGCGCCCAGCACUUGGAGGUGACGGUUGGGGACCUGACGGUCAUCAUAACGGACUUUAAGGAGAAGGCCAAGCCCUCGUCCACCUCGGCUACGGCGUCCACCACCGCGUCGACGGCCGACCACCACAGCCAGAACGGCUCCAGCUCAGAGAACACAGAGAAGGGGCUUUCCCGCUCCUCCUCUCCCAGAGGAGAGGGGAGCUCGGUCAAUGGAGAGUCCCACUGAGUCACCCAAAUCUCCAUCACCCUCCAACCCCAUCUCAUCUGCAAGCCCACAGGUCUCUGGUGGGACAUCCUUGCCUCUACUUUAUAGCUGCACAUUACUGACGACUAAAACAGAUUUGCUUUCUUUCUCUUUCUUUUGGAUAUUAACACGUCAGUAGGAAUUGUGACCAAACAACAGAUAAAAUGAUUUGAAAUCCAUUUCAAGAUUCUCCACAACAGUGGAAUUCUACAUCUAGAAAGCAAUAUAAAAAAAGACCUUUUGCUCCAUCUUGGAAGUUUUUAAGUGUCCUACAUUUUCACUUGGACAUUUAGUGUAAUCGAAAAGAUCCCGCACGCUAUAAGAGCAUUUGCUAAGACAAUUUGAUUCUGACGAAGAACUUCCUCAGAACAGAUCUGAGAUGUCUGGAUAAAUGUUUGGAGAAGCUUAAAGAACCUGUGCGGUUUCUUUCAGAUGCACCAGCUUGUCCAGGUGGGGUUUUUUCUUUUGUUUUUACACUUUUGGUAGAUGAAAUGUGCAGCCCCACCCUUGACAUUACCUCCAGCUGCCGGCAGAGUGACCUCUUCUUCCCACACGUGGAAUCUUCAGCCUCUGUCUGGAAUCUUUACCUACAUGUUAUAAACCUGAACCGUCCAUUACGCACUCUCAGUGUCCCUACACUGAAUCUUCAACCUCUCAGCAAACCUUUGCUCCUGCACUCGAUUACUCCAAGCUUUUUCUUGUGGACUGCCUCUGCUGUGGAGGGACUUUUGACAUAGCACAGCGGCUGGACUCUGACUGGCACCAUUUGGUGUUUUUGGGUAACGUUUGGAGCAGGUUGUUUAGUUCAGGUAAUGCUCGUUAUGUCCAUAUAAAGGACAUUGGGCAGGUUUUGAUAAAAAAGCCCUCUUUUAAAUGGUGCGGGAACAUAUAGUUUACGAUUUUAAAAGGAAAAUGCCGCUGUUCUCAGUUUGUGCCAUUAAACUACGUUGCCCCUCUUCUUGGUUUGCACAUAGUCGCGUCAUGUUGGAGACCAAAUCUAUCUUCUAUCUUUGCAGCCAUUCAUUUUGUAUCACUAACCUGCAUUAAGUGAUAUUUUUGAUAUGUUAAAAGCUAAAUAUAUUGAGAAGUAGCAAUUAGCAACCCUCCGGGGCAGAGAAACGCGGAAGUGCCAUAAACCGCAGUCUCUCAAAUGACCACUUGAGACUGGCUCCAAAAGUGAAUCAAUCCCUGUAGAUCAGUGACUUUAAAAAGAAUAUAGACCCGGGUGAGAAAUGGUUUAAUCUCUAUUCCCCAUUCAUUCAUGAAUCUUUAUAUAACUGGUCAAUUUAAAUUGUAUUAGGGCUUAAAGUUAUGCAUAAUUAAGGGCAAAGGCUGUUUUGAGUGACAGGUGGGUGGCAUCACAGGUGGCUAGCUCGGCAACCAGGCUUCUUCAGCCCGCCUCAGCUCCACCUCUAGCCCAUUUUCUGGAUUAGCAUGCAGAGUCAGAGUCAGGCAAUGCCAAGAUGGCGAUGGCUUAAGCUGCCCACACUGAGCUUCACAAUGGCUAUUCAGGAAUCUAUGGGUGAUGUCACAGAGGCUAUGUCCAUGUUUUAUACACUGACCCUCACAUAGACCAACCAUAAACUAUCCAUGUUCAGCAAACCAGCUCAGACAAGCUGUUAACGCCAUCUGGCCAGCCUGAAAUCACAUAAGAUUAAAGUUUUGGGAAACGAAAGUCUUUAGAUGAGUCAAUGUUGUGUUCUAUUGGACAGAAGACCAUAAACACUAAUCCAAAGGGAUUUUUAAUGUUGCUGUCUGCUAUAUAUGCCAGUAGGCAAUACUUCACCACGAUAUUAGUCAUAAGAAUUCAAAUCUGUCUCUCAGGGCUUUGUUUCUUUAACUUGAUUCUGCACUCUUGCUGUACCUUCAUACAAUCAAAAAGAUCACUUAAUGCAACUUUAAUAAUUACCCAAGCUUUGAAAUAAUGUUCAGUCAUACUUCAUCUGUCACAUUGUAAAUACAUGAUGGACAUGGCUCCCAGAUAUAUACGCAAAUACAGUUCUUCAUAUAUCAUAGUCCUGCUUGCAUUUGGCUUGCUUAUUUGCCCAAUCAAGAACUCAUUUCAAGCUUGUUUCAGAGAUGGAAAUUAAAGAAGCGCUGAUUGCAAUGUCAACUAAAUGAAGAUGGUAGUUACGGCACUGUUGCUUUAAAUGACACCGGUAUUCUCCUUUUAGUCUCUACUGCACAAACAGGGCUGCACCUGCUCAGCGUCACAGUGGAAAAACCAGAGGGUGCUCAUGCUGUUCUGCCCCCACUGUGAGCCCGGUGUGGAGACUGCAUGGUGCUUCUACAACAGAAAAGGAGCAUUGACUUCUGGACAUGCACGGUUAUCAGCUGCGUAAGGUGAUGGUUUGCGGUUUGAUGGACUUCAUAAACUGUUUAAAUUCCUCCAUUUUGACGUAGCAAAGUGGUGGAGCUUUAGAAUAUACUAAACCCCCAGCAGAACAACUAUAGAUCAACCUAACUACACAAUAAUGUAUGAAACCUGUAGAAUACUACACAGAUAAAAAUGGAUAUUUCUAAAAUAUUGUACUACAAUGUUUUGAUGUGGUUGUAUUAUCCAUCAUAGCAGUGUUAUUGUUGAGAUUUUUUACUUUAACAUUUUAGUACAGAUCCUGAGAACUGUCAUGGCAUGAUAAUAUUAUGGUCUCGGUAUAUUGUGGGACAGGCUACGUCUCUUAGUUUGUUAGCAUUGUUAUAUAUGUGUCAGAGUUCUCACAUGGUUCGCCACACUAGCUGGGACUAGCUGGGUGGACCCGUGAAAAAUGUUCGAUUGGACGUUUAUUUGGUUGUGGCAAAAAUGGAAAGACACUUAAAAAUAUGUUGGUUGUCACCUGUUGCUAUUUUUUGUUUUUGCUUUGCCAUGUUCAGUUGUUUUAAAAUGUGUGAGCUUGUUUAUUACAUGUCUGAAUAAGAAAAAUUCAAACAAAAGAAAUCAUUUUUUAAACUUUUUGUCACUUUCAUACGUACGCAUGCAUUGUUUACACUUUUGGGUGGACACUGGUUUGCUAAUCUAGGCUUUUUCUGUUUUUUUGUGUGUUUUCAGCUCCAUCUGGUCAACGACUUAACUGCUACUACUAGGCGUACAGAGAUUAGGCCCAUAAUGCACUUUGCAUACGUUGAAAAUGGUGGAUAUCCAUGUAAUGGUUAAGUCAUAAUAUAGGCAUACAGUAGUUAUGAGCAUAAGGUAUGGGUUACACACUUCUUAGUCAACCACUACAUCAGUCAAUAACCUAAUUUUCCCACACUAAAUGAAAAUGCAGUUGACAGUCAUGUCUGUUCUAGUGGAGCCACAUCAAUAAAGACGAAUAAAGCCAUGAA